UGUAUAUAAGACUGCAUUUUCUGCGAAAGCGUUCUCUCACCUUUGAUGAUGGAGAAUGCAAAUGCGUGAAUUCAUUUCCCGAAGAUCUAUGAUCUUCUUUUUCCAAGCUCCAAUUCUCUGAAAUUCUUCUGCGAAACAUUUCUCGGUUUCCAUUGAUCUGAAGCUAGGUCGAACGCAUUUGAUCCAGGUUCUCCGAUUUCUCGGAUUUGUGAUCUGCACGUGAAGGGCAUUUGUUUGGUCCGAAAAUGGAUUCGGUACCUCUCAUCGAUGUCGCGUCUCUUGAUACCGACUUGUUGCAGUUUCCGGAGAUGUCACUUCUGUCGCUGAAAUCGAAUCAGGAUUUCGUGAAGAAGCUCUUCGAUCAAUGGCUUUCACUUCCUGAAGUUAAUCGGAUGGCGGCAUCUUUGCUCAAUGAUGCAAAAGCUGGUGUUCCUCUUAAUGUCCCUGGUGGUUCUUCUGGUACAAAUUCAGGCUCCAGCAGUCCUUUAGCUUCGAUGUUUCCUGUACGCAAUACUCCUCCCCUUUCCCCGAGAAAUGUAUCUGGUUCUCCCCGUAUAAUGAGGCAAAGGACUGGCCUUUCAAAUCUUGCUUCUCCAUUGAAAGUAGUUAGUGAGCCCAUUAAAGAAAUAAUACCUCAGUUUUACUUUGAAAAUGGCUGCCCGCCAUCAAAUGACCUAAAAGAGCAAUGUGUAGCAAAGAUUAUUAAUCUGUUCUACGGCCAUGCAGACGGUCUGCAGGUGCAAGAAUUCAAACUAGUCACUACAGAGGUUUGCAAGCUACCAUCAUUUUUUUCCUCUUGCAUUUUCAAGAAAAUUGACACCAAUAAUACGGGUUUUGUCACAAGAGAGGCCUUCAUCGAAUAUUGGGUCAAGGGAAACAUGCUGACAAUGGACGUAGCAACUCAGGUUUUUAAGAUAUUGAAGCAACCGGACCAGAACUACCUUGUCCAGGAUGACUUCAAGCCUGUACUCCGGGAACUAUUGGCAACCCAUCCUGGGCUCGAGUUCCUGCAAGGCACACCUGAGUUUCAGGAUAGAUACGCCGAAACUGUAAUAUAUAGAAUAUAUUACUACAUAAAUAGGGCUGGAAAUGGUCAUAUUACCCUCAGAGAGCUGAAGCGAGGAAACUUGAUUGAUGCUAUGCAGCAUGCUGACGAGGAAGAGGACAUCAACAAGGCUUUGAGGUACUUCUCUUAUGAGCAUUUCUAUGUCAUAUACUGCAAGUUCUGGGAGCUGGAUACAGACCACGAUUUCUUGAUCGACAAAGAGAAUCUCAUCAGAUACGGUAGCCAUGCACUCACCUACCGGAUUGUGGAGAGAAUAUUUUUACAGGUCCCAAGAAAGUUUACGAGUGAAGUUGAAGGAAAGAUGGGUUACGAGGAUUUCGUCUAUUUUAUACUGGCCGAAGAGGACAAAUUAUCCGAGCCUAGUCUUGAGUAUUGGUUCAAGUGCAUCGAUUUGGAUGGUAAUGGGAUUUUGACACGGAACGAGUUGCAAUUCUUCUACGAGGAGCAGUUGCAUAGAAUGGAAUGCAUGGCACAAGAAGCCGUGAUUUUCGAGGAUAUUUUAUGCCAAUUAUUCGACAUGAUUAAACCAGAGGAUAAGAGCUGCAUCACCCUAAAAGACUUGAAGGGUUCUAAACUCUCGGGCAAUUUUUUCAAUAUCCUUUUCAAUCUUAACAAAUUUAUGGCCUUUGAAACUCGGGAUCCCUUCCUCAUACGCCAGGAGCGGGCGAAUCCUACAUGGACAGAAUGGGAUCGUUUUGCACACAGAGAAUACAUUAGACUUUCGAUGGAGGAAGACGUCGAAGAUGCAUCUAAUGGAAGUACAGAAGCAUGGGAUGAUUCUCUCGAGGCACCCUUUUGAAAGGUUUAUCACGCCCCGCCCUGCCCCGUCGCCGACUGGUAAGAUCCUGUCCGGUGAUCCUUUUGAGGCGGAAAAGAUAAACAAAAGGUGACCAAACCGGAGAAACAUAGCGGAAACUAGAAGCUGGACAUUUGCAGGUACUAAGAGACUUUGAUUUGGCUCUGGCGACAUAAAACCGCACAUUGUGUUGUGUUCGAUGGAUUUUGAAGCUUUUCCAAGGGGAAAAACGCACUUUUAUCUCAUACUAAUAAUAUCUUAACUUAUUUAGUUCCACCGUUAGGGCUUAAUAAUGUUGUUUGUCUCAACAUCAGAGUGGAUUCUCUUUUUUCAUUUUGUACCAAGUGUUAAAUUUGAUGGAUAAUUGUGAAACACUAGAAUUGUAUUUACAGAUGGUUGCAAUUUGUUUGUUUUGAUGGUUA